AUGCAGAACGACAAUAAAUCAAUACUCGACACUGCUGAUACGUGAAAUAGAAUACAGAGCAUAGACUUAGAACUAAUUAAUUGCUCAACUUUAGCAACUGAUGCAUCAGUCGAGAAUACUAACAUUCUCUCCGAAUGAGCAGAAGCUUUAGGGCUAGAAGAUACAGAUCCCGACAGCCUUUUAAAAGAAUACACUUGCGAAUCUAAAUCCGGCAAUAAUUAA